AGCGGAAUUCCUGAUGAUAACCGGAAUAAUUCCCUCACACUGCUAUCGGUUCAACCUUGAACUAAUUAAUUCCUACCCUACGGCGAUAGGGCUUGACAGGUGCGCGCACAAAGGCCCCAAUUUGUGCGGGAGUCCAUGUCAAACCCGUCCGCUCGCUCAUGAAGCCAAGAUGGGCACUCAUCCGCUCUUCGGUUCGAAGACCUCCUUCCAACGCGCAUAGAGCUACCAUCCAUGCCUCUCAGAUCAUUUCCUUCACAAGAGAAUCACCGCCAAUUACACAGGCGCAAUUCUCAACAUCAGAAGCGCGGUUAUCUUCUGAUGCUGCCCACCAUGCGGUCCACCAUCUCGAACAUUAUGCCAACCCCCAGCCGAACUGCGAGACGGCUCGCUUUACCCCAAUCCGACGUGUGAAGAUGGAUAGCGAAGCCAGCGCGGUCCAGAUACCUUCAAGACGACCCCCGAACUAUCGACCAGAGCAUGAUUUUGGAACAUGGGUGUUGGCUUUGCAGGACAGACAACUCUCGCAUGGGAGACAAGGAGUGAUCGAGGUUUGGAGAAAAUUGUGCAGCCACGGCUUGUAUUUGCCGGAAGGGGGUGACGAUGCACCUUAUCUCUGGAAUUGCUUCAUAGCGAACCCGGAAUUGGUGGAUGAAGUCUUCCAACACGCCGCCGAAAGGAAGCGAAAAGGGCACCUGAACUAUCGAAAGCUGUAUAGUCAGAUUGUCACUCAUGCAAUACGAGACCCUGCUCAGUUCGGCGAUCCGGUUCACUGGCACCAUCGGCUGGCCCGACAUGGACUGGCUUCCACGCAAGACUUUCAAACGAUGGCGCGGUAUGCGGUAUCGAAACCCGAGUCUCUUCAGAGUUUGAAGCGGAUUUUCCUUCGCUUGAACGAUCGGAAGUACCAGGGCCUUGUGUUGGACGCUUUGGGUAAUCAAGGCAGAAUGACCCUUGCCUUGGAAUGGCAGGCAAUGCUCAAGGGAAACGAUUCACGCCAAAACAAUCCCUCCAUACGCUAUUAUGUCCAAGACAUUCAGAGCGAGACUGUUGCUAAAGAAACGAAGAUACAAACGCAAAGCCAAGACGAAGGGACAAUGCCACACUCCGCGCCAUCACGACUCCCGAAACUCACUCUACGAAAUAAAACAGACGAGGGUGUAACACUUACCGACGACCUUCUAUCUCGAAUUCUAGCUACCCGUGCAUUCUCUCUUAACGUGAUCUUGAAAGGCCUCUCCAUGCUUUCUUUACCUCUGAUCGGUACUUCGGCAUUACGGGCGAUCGCUCUGCGGUCGGGCGACUCACAAACAUUCAUGGAGUAUCUCACGGAGCUGGCAGAGGCCAACGUUGCGAUCGAAGCCAGUCAUUACACGCAUAUGAUCCUGAAUUUGGCAACAUCUGGGCGGGAAGAAGAGUUGCAAGCUGUCUUGAACAGUGACCAGCACCCCAGCAACUUUGACGAUAUCGGCCUUCAAGAACACCUGCUCCGACAAUGUCUUUCCAGAGGAGAUCUCGAGAGUGCAAGACCCGUAUUGACAUUCUUGACGCUCAACUCUCAGCAUCCCAGUCUCGAAGCCUGGAACAUGGUUCUGAAGCAAUACGCCGUUAACCGGGACGUGGUCCGCAUCCAUCAAACGCUGGAACGGAUGGAAGCCGAAGGAAUUCACAUACAUAGGUCAUCCUUGACGAUGUUGUGUCAGUAUUGUCUGCGUUGGCGUCGUGGACGACAUCCCCCCCCAGCGCUACCGGGUCGCCGCGCUGGCGGACCUGAAGACGAUAUGGAGCCUCUCACUUCCAAUCGACGCCCAUUUACGCGGGACGAGGAAGCAUUUGCUCUCGUGGGCAUCUGGAAGAAGCUCAUUACAAGUGGGUAUAGUAUCUCUCCGUUGCGUUGGCACGAGCCGCUCCGUCGGCUAGGUCACCUGGGCCAUUUUGAGGAGCUUAGCAAGCUUUGCGGCUGGCUGGCGGACUGGUAUGCUCCGCGACCCACGUCUAAUUCGAAAGGAUGGAGAGGCAGUCAAAGAGAGAAAGUCAAGGCACGAGCGCUGCUGACAAUGUCUGACCCUCGUCAUCCCUUGCGGCGACUGUUUUCCGAAAGCUUCCAGAAAGCCGUGAUAACAUGGGGCAUUCAAGACGGCAUUCGGCGGGUUCUGACUUGGAAUGGUCGCGCCAUGGCCUACAAAAAUGGGAGAUAUACCAUUUCCGUGGAGUCCGGUUCCCCAAACGGUCCUGCAAAGAGUGCGGGCCAUGAGACACCCCAAUACGUAGACUGGGUCCUUAUUUCGGAGAUGGAAGCCCAACGCAGAAAGGGGAUGGAACAAGAUAUGAUCCAGGAGGUCAUCCAAAGACCCGAUCCGAGCGUGUUCACUGGAGGACUCAAGGUCCUGACCGAUCUCCAGCAACACCGCGGCGUGGUCGUCAACACAGUUGAAAUACGGCGAGGGGUCAACACAUCGCUGUGGCGGAUCUUUGGCAUCGGCCGGCGGUCUCGGCGACUGAAUUUUCGGUUUAAAAUAUUGAACGCAUACAAGCUAGAAGAGAUAGUCCUCGAGAUGGAGAAGGCAUGGGGCGCUCGAGGGCCAGGCCUCUGGCCGCGGCUGAUGACGAGGAGCGAAGCUCACGAUCGUUACGUGAGUGGGCAAGUUCAAGGACUCAGUUUGAUACAGCAAUUAGUUGAGAGCAAAAAUCCGGAGUCUACGUCGAAGGGGAGCGUUAUGUUGGAGCCGGAUGAGAUUCUACACCGGAGGAUGCGGAUGGCCUUUGUUCUAUUUGGACCUAAACCAGCCAUCCUUGUCGGAAGUCGAGCUCGAGGGUUGCAAAGGAAAAUCCCUCACGAUACAUGGACGAAGUUGGUCGAGAGGUGGGCGGUAAGAGGGGAAGGGACUUUUGACGCAUACGGAGCCUUCACGCUCCCCUCAUCCGAGUAAGAUUGGCAGGAGGGCAUUAGGAUCACGUCGCAGGGAACGUCAUCAGCGUCGCGACGAUUGGCCAGCUAAGCGGCCGAGUUCACUGUACAUAAUCAGGUUGUAAAGCCGUGUAAGAGGUCUCUAAACGAGCUUGUAAUGUCAGCAUUUGCUGGUCGUGUGUAUCCUCCAGCUUGAAGUAUGGGGUAAGGAGUGUAGGGAGUCCCUGUUUCACUUUCACGUCUGGAACACGACCGACAUACUCUCCCUGAACCUAGAUCAAACAGAAGGUUUAUAUUAAUAACCGAACCUACAUGCAGAAGCUCGAGGAUUUGAGUCUUGGGAUAUCCGAUUGGCACCUUUAAUAGGUAAUACU